CACUAGUUUACUUUUUAAAACUUCAUGAUCGAUGAGACUGAUUUUGUAAAGUUCUUCAAGAACUCGCUCUGGUUAUUCAUUUUGUUUAGGUUGGGCGCCAGCUAUCGAAUACUCUCUCGAAAAACAGUCGGAAGAAGUUAAUCCGUUUGAAUUUGAUUUGCAACGAGCUACCGACACCGAUAAACCCUUCACGAAAUGCAACCGUCCGAACGCCAGAAGCAAAUCCCCGCUGCCGCCGACGUAAUCGACCUCGACAGCAGCGACAGCGAGGACGGCGGACCCGCGGGUGGCCUUUCGCGUGCCAACAGAACCGGUAACGGCAAACCAUCAAACAAUGCGAAGUCGCUGACCAAGCCGCCAACGGAGACUCAAACAGCAGCCAGAAUCAACAGUGGCGAUGCGUCGUCGGGGAAUUAUCAGCCACUCGAGAGUCGUAGUUUCUGGAGAGCCGGAGCUUACGAGAUUGGCCCCACCGUCUCUACUUUAGAGCAAGGUGAUCUGGAGCAUGCUCGUGUUCAUCCGAGGUUUCUGCAUUCAAAUGCCACCUCCCACAAGUGGGCCUUUGGAGCUAUUGCUGAACUGUUGGACAAUGCAGUGGAUGAGAUUGGCAACGGUGCAACAUUCGUGAGGGUUGAUAGGGUUUAUAACACAAAGGACAAUUCUCCUGCCUUACUUUUCCAAGAUGAUGGUGGUGGAAUGGACCCAGAAUCUAUGCGGAAGUGCAUGAGCUUGGGAUACUCCUCAAAGACAUCAAACAAAACCAUUGGACAGUGUAAUUUACUUAUUCUGCUAAUCUAUGUUAACCACUGCUGGUUUUCUUUGUUUGGUCGAGCAACCCAAAGUAUCGGUCUCUUGUCCUAUACAUUUUUGCGGAAAACGAGACAAGAUGAUGUAAUUGUUCCAAUGAUUGAUUUUGAUACCUCUGACAGCUGGGCAGAACCGAUUGUCUAUAGCUCGAAGGAUGAUUGGUCCAGUAACUUGAAAACCAUUAUUCAAUGGUCUCCCUUCGCGUCAAAGGAUGAUCUAAUGCAACAGUUUGAUGAUAUUGGAUCACAUGGGACGAAAAUUAUCGUAUAUAACUUAUGGAUGAAUGAUGAAGGCAUUUAUGAAUUGAAUUUCGAUGAUGACGAGGAGGAUAUAAGGCUGAGAGACGAAGCUAAUCAAGGAAAUGUAUCCAAAGCUACCAAGAAAACCCUUGAACUGCAAUCUCAUUUGUCCUACCGCAUACGGUUCUCAUUGAGGAGUUAUAACAAACCUUUUCCUCAGGCAUAUGCGUCAAUAUUGUAUCUCAAAAAGUUUACGAACUUCAAUAUAAUAUUAAGAGGGAAGCCUGUUGAGCAGUUCAGCAUUGCAGAUGAUCUGAAACACUCUAAAACAAUCAAAUACAGCCCCCAAGUUGGCAAUGGACUGAAAGAGGUGACUACGGAGACCAUCAUUGGCUUCAUUAAAGAAGCUCCUGCACUUGGAGUUUGCGGAUUCAAUGUUUACCAUAAAAAUCGUCUCAUCAGGCCCUAUUGGAAAGUCACUGCAGAUGGAUCAUCCAGAGGAGAUGGUGUUGUUGGAGUUCUUGAGGCAAAUUUCAUAGAACCAGCGCAUGACAAACAGGAUUUUGAGAGAUCAACUAUAUUUAAUAAGCUGGAAUUGAGGUUGAAACAAAUGGUCAUGGAGUACUGGAGAGGUAACUGUUACUUAGUAGGAUAUCAGCCUGACGGUACGAGGAGGAGUGACAUCCCAAAUAAACUGCCUACACAAAUUCAAGGUGAUGCAAACAGAAACAUAUAUGAAAUCAAUUUCAACAACAAAUCAGCAAAUGUUCAGUCAACUUUAAGUUCUGACGCUGCUUCUCAUCCAGAAACAUCUCCAGAUGACAGAUCACUCGAUCAGAUAUGUGAAGAGAACAUCCAGCUGUUUAUGAGGUGCAAUGAGUAUAAGUUGACGCAAGUUGAAAAGAUUCAGAAGAUUGAGCAACUGGAAAAGGAGCUGGAGGAGACGAAAAACAAGUGUGCUAGGCUUUCUUAUGACCUUGAAAUACAGAGGAAACAUAGAAUAGUGACCCACAGAUAAAAAGGCAUGUUGAUGAUGGUAAAACUUGGCAGCUCGCUUUCGACUUGCUUGGAAUGUUGGUUAGGAGAUAAGAUUACGGUUGCAUGACCACGUACCUCUCUGAAUGUAUGUUGCGUCGUUUUUUUGAUUAGCUAUAGAUAUCUUAAAACGUCUCACUCAUAUUCAAGCCAAUGAUGUCAUUGUUGUUAGUUGUAUGAGUGCUUGAUAAUACUAUGCGGUAAUGUUGCGACUUGCGAAGUUAUAGCUUCCAAUCUUUGAAAAGCGGAUUACAAGUGAAAAUUUAAAAUCACGAUUUGUAAAGAUCUUUGUUGGACUAUCAUGCCCAUUCAAAUUUGUGAGUACAAGUGAAAAUUUAAAAUCU